AUGGCGUGCAUCAAGAGCGCGCAGCGGGCGGCGCUGACGGCGCUGGCGCCGGACGCGCCGUACAUCGCCGCGGGCACCAUGACCGGCGCCGUCGACUUGAGCUUCUCCAACUCCGCCAACAUCGAGAUCUUCCGCCUCGACUUCCAGUCCGACUCCCCGGACCUCCCGCUCCUCGCCUCCGCGCCCUCCCCGGACCGCUUCAACCGCCUCUCCUGGUCGCGCCCGGGCGCCGUCGAGGGCGACUCGUUCGCGCUCGGACUCCUCGCCGGUGGCCUCAGCGAUGGCUCCGUCGCCGUGUGGAACCCGCUGAGCAUGAUCAGCUCCGAGGGGAAAGCGGAGGACGCCAUGGUCGCGCGUCUGGAGAAGCACACCGGGCCGGUUUGUGGACUGGAGUUCAGUGAGCUCACGCCGAAUAGGCUUGCUUCUGGGGCUGAACAGGGGGAGCUUUGCAUCUGGGAUCUCAAGAACCCUGUUGAGCCAAUUGUGUACCCACCACUCAAGAGUGUUGGGUCCCAUGCGCAAGCUGAAAUCUCUUGUUUAUCCUGGAAUCCCAAGUUCCAACAUAUAGUUGCCUCAACUUCGAGUAAUGGGAUGACAGUUGUUUGGGAUUUAAGGAAUCAGAAACCACUGACUAGUUUUUCAGAUUCAAAUCGAAGGAAAUGCUCUGUUCUCCAAUGGAAUCCAGAUAUGUCCACCCAGCUGAUUGUUGCAUCAGAUGAUGACAACUCUCCCUCACUGAGAGUUUGGGAUGUGAGGAAGACCAUCUCACCAGUAAGAGAAUUCGUUGGCCAUUCAAAAGGUGUAAUUGCUAUGUCUUGGUGCCCCUAUGAUAGUUCAUUCUUGCUUACAUGUUCAAAAGACAAUAGAACAAUUUGCUGGGAUACUGUUAGUGGAGAGAUUAUUAGUGAACUACCUGCAAGUGCUAAUUGGAACUUUGACCUUCACUGGUACCGGAAAAUACCAGGUGUCAUUGCAGCAUCCUCAUUUGAUGGGAAAAUUGGCAUAUAUAACCUAGAGUUCUCUGGUCUUUAUGCGGCUGGUGAUGUUAUUGGUGCCCCAGCACGUCCAAGGGCUCCGGCUCCAAAAUGGUUGAAAUGCCCCACUGGUGCAUCUUUUGGCUUCGGUGGUAAACUUGUUUCUUUCCAUCCGGUGGCUCCCACCCAAGGUGCACAAGCAUCUACAUCUGAGGUGCAUGUUCACAAUUUGGUGAUUGAGCAAAGUCUGGUGAGCCGAUCAACUGAAUUUGAAGCUGCUAUUCAGAAUGGCGACAAAAGUUCGCUGCGUGCUCUGUGUGAAAAAAAAUCACAAGAAUCUUUAUCUGAUGAGGAGAGAGAAACAUGGGGCUUCUUAAGGGUUAUGUUUGAGGAUGGGGAUUUUGCACGGACAAAAUUGCUUACUCAUCUUGGCUUUGAACCACCUCAGGCACCACCUGCAAGUUCAACUGAUGAAUUGAGCCAAACAUUGGCAGAUACACUUAAUCUUGAUCAUGCCACAGUAACCGAUAAUACGGAUGCCCAGUUUCUUAUUGAUAAUGGGGAUGAUUUUUUCAACAAUCCUCAACCUUCAGAGGUUAGCUUGGCUGAAGAACCAGAUUUUACAGAUGGUCAACAGAUAGAGCAGGAAAUGUCUGGAGAUGUGCCAUCAGAUUCAUCAAUUGACAAAAGCAUUCAACAUGCAUUGGUGGUUGGAGACUACAAAGGGGCAGUUAACCAGUGUCUUGCUGCUAAUCGUAUGGCUGAUGCUUUGGUUAUAGCCCAUGCCGGUGGUUCUGCUCUCUGGGAAAGUACAAGAAAUCAUUAUCUUAAGAACAGUAUCUCGCCCUACUUAAAGGUUGUCUCUGCUAUGGUGGGCAAUGAUUUAAUGAGUUUUGUGAGUACCUGGCCACUAAGUUCAUGGAAGGAAACUCUUGCUCUGCUUUGCACAUUUGCACGGAAAGAGGAGUGGCAUAUUUUGUGUGACACGCUUGCGUCUAGACUUCUGAAUGUUGGAGAUACGCUAGCUGCAACCCUCUGUUAUAUUUGUUCUGGAAAUAUUGACAAAGCUGUUGAAAUUUGGUCCCGCACCUUGAAAUCUGAAGAUGGUGGGAAGACUUAUGUUGAUCUUCUCCAGGAUUUGAUGGAAAAAACCAUUACUCUUGCCCUUGCUACGGGCCACAAGAGAUUUAGCGCGUCACUGUCUAAGCUUGUUGAGAACUACGCUGAAUUGCUGGCUAGUCAAGGUCUUCUUAAAACUGCAAUGGAGUAUUUAAAACUGUUGGGAUCAGAUGAACAUUCGCAAGAGCUGGCAAUUUUGAGAGAUCGAAUUGCAUGUUCUACAGAAGAGAACGAUAAUGCUAGUAGUUCUGUUUCUGAAAGCACCGGCACUCCUUCCCCCUAUGUCACAAAUCUACCAUAUACCACCCCAGACCAUUCUCAGAAUGUUUACCAGGUACCUCAACCAUACAAUGUACCAAGUAAUACAUAUUCAGAAGCUUACCCACAACAACCUACUGGAGCCUAUGGAUACAACAACGCAUAUCAACCUCAACAACCAACCAAUAUGUUUGUUCCACCUAGCACACCUGCCAACUCUCAGCAACAGCCAGGCCCUUCACCUGUACUAGUGCCUCAGCAAAUAGUGAAAACAUUUACUCCAGCGAACCCAGCUGGUCUAAAAAAUCCUGGACAAUAUCAGCAACCUAAUACCUUAGGUUCCCAGCUUUACACGGUAGGGUGCUGCAAAUCAACCGUAUUCUUCUGGACCAUCUGCUUCUUAUCCAAGCGGACCUCCAACAACAUUUCAUCAGCCUGUAUCGCCUGUUCAAUAUCAGCCUGCUGCUCCAUCAGUAUCUUCUUUUGGUCCGAGCGCCCCAUACCAGGAACAGUCCCUAACCAGAUGUUUCCACAUUCUGCUGCUACUAACUCAACUUCUAGGUUUAUGCCAUCGAACAAUCAAAGCUUCGCUCCGAGGCCAGGUUUAAGUCCUGCACAGCCUUCAAGUCCGACGCAGGUGCAGGCACAGCCAGCUCCUCCUGCACCUCCCCUGACUGUGCAGACAGCUGAUACGACAAAAGUGUCUGCUGAGCUGAGACCUGUUAUUGGUACACUAACCAGACUAUUCGAUGAGACGUCCAAAGCUCUGGGAGGAUCACAAGCAACUCAAGCAAAAAAGCGUGAAAUUGAGGACAAUUCAAGGAAAAUAGGGGCAUUGUUUUCAAAACUAAAUAGUGGCGACAUAUCUCCAAAUGUUUCAUCAAAACUCAUUCAGUUGUGCAGUGCAAUUGAUGCUAGUGAUUUUGCCACUGCGAUGCAUCUCCAGGUACUCUUAACAACAAGUGACUGGGAUGAGUGCAACUUCUGGCUUGCGGCAUUGAAGCGGAUGAUCAAGACAAGGCAGAAUUUCAGAAUUUUACUAUUAUUCCGUGAAUGUUCUUUCAGUUCCGCGUGUAGCAGCAGCCUACAGCAACAGCUACAACCUGGGUCUCAAGUAGUAUCCAUGGGAGACAAGCACUACAAACCAAAUCAGCAUCAGGCCAUCGACUUCCGCAUUGAUUGGUACCUUGAGCCGGCAAGAACAACAGCAUACCCAUCCCAUUCCACCAAGCUCGAGCUGCUUGAGCUUGAUAUACAACAAAGAGCUCAACAAGUGAAGAGAAACAAUUGCUGGAAAGUAGAUACAUCUUAUUGGCUUUCAAGUGCAACAUAG